AUGACUAUCGUUCCGAUCUUCACUCUGAUACUCUCCAUAUUCGCCACUGAUGUUUCAUGCGUCACCAGGUUCCUACGUCCCCCCCAGUGGAUCACCGGUCUCGACAGUGAAGCAGACUUGGGAAAGAAUAUAAGAUACAGCGUCGGAGAUACGAUAGAGCUCCUUUGGGGGACUAAUCUUGAUAAAGUUGAGCUUUUCUUAGUUCAAGAGACAAGAUCAAGGACUGUUCGCAGAGACCUAGACGCAUCCCGUACUGAAUGGAAGGCUGAGUGGGAUGUAUCUGGACUAGCGGAAGGAAACGAAGAUUCUUUGUACUGGUUUGCCUUGAGAGACCCUGACGAUCCUGAAUUGGACAUUGCUUCGACGCAAUACUUCAAUGUCACUGCUCCGGAACUUGAAACCUCUAUCAUCCUGCAUACCUCGACUACGACUCACAGCGCAACGUCUAAAGCGGUGGUAGUGUCAAAUACGCAAAUCAUUGCUAGACCUACGAUUACAGCUCCAUCCACGAGCGAAGAAGCGAGCUCAGAUGCAGGAUCUGACUCUGGAAUGACCAAGGGCGAAACCGCAGGUGCUGCGGUUGGGGGCACCAUCGGUGGUCUGAUACUUCUGGGUGCUAUCGGAUGGUUGAUCUGGAGAAGAUUGGGACGAAGUAAAAGAAACACGGACGCGUCAAUGGUUUCUCAGAGUCAUCAAGGGCAGGUUAACUAUUCCGAGACAAAGGCUGAGCUACCUGGCGACCCGGUGGUUGAGCUGUAUCCUGCAGGAUAUGCCAGAAGUCCACCAGGGCUGCAUGAAGCACCUUGA